GAUUGACAUGGCAUGGCACCGCCACAUGUGAAUGAGCGUCACCAGCGUGAACAGCAGUACCGAGGCACCGCCUACGUCAUCAUCCGAGCAGCACAGAACAUCCGUGCCACCUGCCAUCCUGAUACUGUGCCUUGUCGUGCUGGGGAUCUGUCUCCUGAGCCUGGGGAUCAGCCGGGCCGUGCAGUACCUGGUCAACCACUAUGACGUCUUCCUCCCGCCCGACAUGGAAGGAGACGACGAACCGCGCGUGCGCGAUGACCCCGCCGAAAGGCAUGCCGGGAUCAGGCCAUGGAGGAUGCUCAACUCCUUCCUGUCCACGAACAACCGAGUCGGUAUCCAAAUCACUCCAGACACGCCCGCGAGGCGAAACUCGUCAAAUUCGAGACGUAACACCGCCAACACCGAAGACACUUGUCACUGUAAUGACACAAAUGAUGACCUUUCACACUCCUCCCGUGGUGCCGUUCCAAACGGGGCCGCCACGGAAGUCCAGACUAUGCACCAAUUCUAUAUGCAAGACGGUAGGAAUAGAAAAGAAGCCUGGGGCCCUCGAGAAGUGGUGGUUUGAAUUUGGAUUACGUAACGUCGAUCUUCUCGGUUGGUUACCCACUCUCGUCCGCGGAUGAGAAUUGUCAAUCGAGCCAAGGAAAAGCAAUUCACAUUGGAUUGGAAACUUAUGGUGAUCCUAUAAAGUGAGAUGUUCCUUUGAACACAUGUACCUUUCUGCAUGUACAUACGCCAAGGAGAUUUUGAUUUCCCAUUUGACGUUCACUUCGUGUCUCAAUAGGUGAUUGAUCAAAAGGAAUAAUGCAUCAUACUGUGUAUAUAUCCCCGGCACUGUGGGAAAUUUCCUGUCUCUUUAUAACGGGAACGUGACAUCGGGAAUCCGUUUAUUGCCGUGGAGAGGUCAUGUAAGUUAAUAAGGCCAUUUCCCGUUCGAUAUAUCUGGCACCAACAGUAAUUCAUUUAUCCGAUGCAGCUAUAAUACAAG